UUUGCCAGGAACGCAUAGAUUAGCUAAGAGUUUAUUUUCUUGUCUCUGAGUAGAUAGACAUCCGUUGAAGUAGAGAUAAAUGAGUUGGUAAAACAUUUCGGAACACUGAAACAGGCUUUACCUGUCAGCGCUUACAGGUACAGGUGUUUAUGUAAGUGUAUACAUUAUAGAUAUGAUACAUAAGACGUAACGUUAAAAGGCAAGCAGGUGAAGUGUCUCGUCACCGAAGACCCAUGGCGUCUGUGCGCGUCGCGGUGCGGGUUCGUCCGCUGAGCCAAAGGGAGAAGGACCUGUCAGCCAAAGUCAUUAUACAAGUGGAUGGACAUAAAACCUCUGUCCUCAACAUGAAAGAGAACUACCACUGCAUGAAUGAAGAAUCGUUUGGAGAGAGCACAAAGUCUUUUUCAUUUGAUUUCUCUUAUGAUUCAAUAAACAGCACAAGUCCAAACUUUGUGACCCAGGAAAAGAUUUUUGAAGAUCUCGGCACCGAUGUCCUACAAUCUGCUUUUGAGGGUUACAAUGCCUGCGUCUUUGCUUAUGGCCAGACAGGCUCAGGAAAGUCCUAUACCAUGAUGGGCAACCCGGAUGAUUAUGGACUGAUUCCACGGAUCUGUGAGGGGCUGUUCCACCAAAUCAGUGGAGUGUUACAAAAAGACAAGGCGUCAUUUCACAUGGAGGUCAGCUACUUUGAAAUCUACAAUGAGCGGGUUCGAGACCUCCUUCCCAGCACAGAGACACGAGGCUGUGAGUUAAAAGUGAGGGAACAUCCUAAAGAUGGACCAUAUGUGGAGGCCCUCUCCAGACGCCAUGUGCAGAACUAUACUGAGGUUGAACAGUUGAUGCAGGAGGGCAACAGAAGGCGUGCCACUGCCAGCACAGGCAUGAACCAUGUCAGCAGCCGAUCCCACGCCAUCUUCACCAUUCGCUUCAUCAAGGCCAUGUUUGAUGCAGAGUUACCAAGUGAGACAGUGAGUAAGGUACAUCUGGUUGACCUGGCAGGAAGUGAAAGAGCUAAUGCCACACAGGCUACUGGCAUCCGACUUAAGGAGGGUGCCAACAUUAAUAGAUCUUUGGUUACUCUGGGAAUUGUCAUCUCAACUUUAGCUGAUCUGUCUGUUGGGAGUGGAAUGAAAAAGAAGCAAAACUUUGUUCCAUAUCGAGACUCUGUGCUUACCUGGCUCCUAAAGGACAGUCUUGGCGGGAACUCCAAAACCAUUAUGAUAGCUACCAUCUCACCUGCUGACAUAAACUAUAGCGAAACUCUGAACACGCUUCGUUAUGCCAGCCGGGCCAAGAAUAUUUUAAACAAGCCCACUGUGAAUGAGGACAGCAAUGUAAAGAUUAUCAGAGAGCUGCAAGCUGAGAUUGCCCGCCUGAAAGCGCUGCUGUCUGCAGGAAAUCAGAUGAUGUCGUUUGAGCAGCCUUCAGGGUCGAGUGUGGAGGAGAGGCUUCAUCAGGAUGAAGCCAGAGUUCAGGAGCUGACAGAACAGUGGGCUAAUCGUUGGAAAGAAAUCCACAAUAUUCUUGGGGAGGAUACAGUAGCUCUCAGAAAAGAGGGUAUUGGUGUAGUACUUGAUUCGGAAAUGCCCCAUUUAAUCUGCAUUGAUGAAGAUCGGCUCAGCACAGGGGUUGUUCUCUAUCAUUUAAAGGAAGGUAGAACUUCAGUUGGGGCUGGAGGAACUGAGCCAGAGCAGGAUAUAGUUCUUCAUGGUGAAGCUCUUCAGAAGGAGCACUGUUUGUUCGAGAACCAGACAGGAACAGUCACACUCGUGCCACUCCCAGGAGCCAGGUGUGCAAUUAAUGGGAUGGAGGUGACCCAGCCAUAUGUUCUGACCCAGGGAGUGAACAUACAGCUGGGAAAGGCCACUAUGUUCCAUUUCAACCAUCCUCAGGAAGCAGCUCAACUUCGAGAGAAACGCAAGUCUGGGCUCUUCAUGUCGAGUAACUCCACUGCAUUCUCUGUGGAGUCUUUCAGUCAUUUCAGCUCCGAAAAGGUUUCUGACCAACCUAAAAGUGACGGAGAAGCACUAAAAAGCAGUUGUCUCUCAGGAGAGAGUCACAGUAUAUUUUCCACAUCUCUUGCUUCUACAGACUUUCCUCAGAACAAUACAUACAGUAGUUUCAUUGGACCUUCAGAGUCUCAGCACGUUCCUGAGACGCUCAGGGCACUUACAGAACACUGUGCCACUAACAACCCUGCAGGAGAUGCCAAAAGUCUGGGAAAGUCGCUUCAGACAAGUCUCGACAUCCAGUGGGAGAAGCAGCACUCAGCCCCUCAUAAAUCAGAAACUGAAGCUCCGUCAGAGUACGUGACAGAUAAGGAACUGGAGGGGGAGAAAACAGUGGUGAAUGGAGAACUCUGGGAUACUAGGGUACUUCAGGAGUGUCAUAACGGGACCUCUGGAUUCCUGGAUGUCGAGCAGCAGUAUCUCUGGCACCCGUUCGUGGGCUCAGAAGGGAGCUUGUUAGCUGAGGAAUCCCAUUUACAGAGCAGGCACUCCACCACGGGAGGAGGGGCAGCCUUUGUCCCUAGCUUGACUCGUUUGGAGCACUUUUCACAGAGGCAUAGCCCACUUACCAUGGAGGGCCAAUUUAGCAAGCACUUUUUAUCCAGAACAUCUGUUGAGAGCCAAGAAGCCAAAGCCCAGCCAGAGGGAAGUGGGUUCAGCUCGAGCCUAGGGAGCCUUGUAGGAAGAGUGUCCUGGAUGCUGGCAGAUGCAGGACAUGUGCUUACAAACACUUUGAAGGAACAAACUGGUGGUAGAGGAAGCGCUUGGUACAAUCAAAUGUGCUCAAUGGUAAAGGAUCUUCCCCUUGUACACCAUAUCCAAUUUGAGUUGACUCUAAGACCACAGGCAAAACCAACUUUGGAGACAACCCAGUUUUGCCGAAAUCUGUCUCAUAGUGAUAUUUUGUCAGUUAGAGAACAUAGUGUUGCAUUGUCUUCCAUGCAAGAUCUUUCAAGAUCCAGUACAGGUGAAUGGAAGAGCCCCUUGAUGGCUUUGGAGGCAACUCAGACAAGGGAUUCGGUGACCACCCAGAGAAGUGAGGGGCUGAAGGUAUGCUGCCAAAGACUUCACCCUGUACCUGAAUCUUUGCUCCAUCUACAGAACCUUCCACCUCAACAGCUUCUCUCCUGCCUACAUAGUGUCAUCCCUGCCCCCUUGCUAAUGGAAGAACGAGUGUUCGCUCUAUACUGGCUCGGUGUAGCCACCUGUUCUCAACCAGAUCCACAGCCUGCAGUUACGGUCAUUUUCCAGACUAAGCUUUUGGUGAUCACCUUUGAUCCUUUGCCUGAUGCUUCCAGCUCCACACACUCUUUAAAUGUUUACUAUGAAUUAUCCUUUCAGCAACUGCAGGAGAUCUACAUAGGUUUUGCUGGGCAGACUGUCAGACUAACAGGCAACACAGAGAACAGUAUACUUGUCUUGCACACCUGCAACGCAAGCUUAAGUCAAGAACUGUCCCAAAACUUACUUGAGGUCAUUUGCCCUUUGGACAGCGGUGCACUGGACCAUCCAUUGCUGUCAAAUGACAUGGUACGUUUGUCCCUAAACUGGGACUCCCAUGUUAAGGAUUUACUCCUACCCUCUGGUGGACGCCUUACAUGUUCAUUCCAGAAAACCCUGGCUAAGUUGGUCUUCCUAUUACAUGGUAACAUGCAGGGUGAACGUCCGGCACUUGCAGAUGUGCAACUGCUCUUUUAUACAACUGUCAGAUUUCAGAGAUCAAGUCUCAAGCUGGACACCAACCCUGUUGUACCUGAUUCACAGACGGCACCCAUAGACUCUGAACUUGUCCAGCUUGUCCUGACUGACACCCACCUGGGUCUCUUGCGGGAAAAUGCUGUUUACCACCCACCUCCAUGUUCAGUAGCUGUGGUGGCACACGAGGCCCAGUUUAGGCUAAUAGACCUGCGUAAGCGCUCUGACGUUCGUUGCAUGCUGGUCAGAGAUGGAUACGGUAGUAUGUGUCUGGAUGUUGUGUUGGCUCAGAAAUCAGGUGGUACUGGAGGUCACUCUCAACCUCCAGAGGUCUGCAGUGCUGAUGAGGCAGCUGCCCAAUCUCCUACCAACUCUGAUUCAUCUCCCCGGAAUGAAGUGUGGAAAUUAACUUUCAGCAGCUCCGCUGAGGCCACCUUCCUGAUUAAUAACUUGUCAAACAUUUGAUCAAAGAGCUUCCAGCAAAAUAAUUAACAGCCCAGUGAGGAGAAUUCGACAGGAGACUACAAAAAAGGCUGAGUGCACCGAAAACAUGACAUGAGUUGGCGCCGCCAGGAUUUGAGAAAUAAAGACGUUUUAUUGUUUGUUUGUUUUUUUUUGUUACUUUUCCAUUAAGUUGUUCCACUUGCAUUGUAAUCAGUUUUUCUGACACAGGAAAAAGUAAUCAUUGAAAGCAGUGCCAAUGAUCAAGAUCAUAAAUUCAUAAGGCUGGUUCAGAUUGCAUUGACAAUAGUAAUGAUGUUUGUCUGGCAAUAUCAUAUGGGCGGAUCAAGAAUGAUUAUCAUUUCAGAGUUACUGUAUAAUGCAUCUAUAAAAAUGUAUACGUUUAAGAA